AUGUCCUCAUCGCCUCAGGGACUCAGACUGACUGGACUGACGCAUGCACUCAUUUACCACAGGAAUUUUGAACUGACGAAAAUCAAGCGGAAAGACGUUGUUUGGAACUGCCAGGGACACCCACCCUAUGGCAUUCCCUUCGACCUCGUGAGCCUCGUCAACCGUCAUGAGUACGAGGUCUACGCUCAGCCGAAGACCCCCGAAAUCUGUAUGUUCACACACCUGCGAGCUUGGGUGAGUUUCCUGGAGGAGGUACUUCUCCAACGGCCCUUGCUACCCGAAGAGUACAUCUUUCCACGUGUUGGUGCAAAUGGUGUCGUCUACCCUUCCGACGAGCUGUCCUACGAUGCUAUCAUGAAGACGCUGACCUGGAUUUGCGCCGAGGCUGGGCUGACAGCCAGGUAUCGGUUUAUGUUCGCACCCCUUGGAGAGCGCUGGUCACUAUCUACGAUACAUUGGUGGGGUGCAUGGGCUGAAGGUGAAAGCGUUGAUACGCUGAUACGGUACCUUCUGGACGAGCUCACCCGAUACGAGAAAAAUCACCGGGACGCGCUGUGCCCAAUUCCUCGGGAAGGCGACAAAAGCUUCAACGGUGACCACAUUUUGACAGCACCCAUCACCGCAGCGGAAACACGCGAACUCAAGAUGUCAUUCGAUCGCGAACUGAACCGCCUGUCUGGUAAAGUCGAGGAAGUCCUAGACAAACUAACUCUGUCUCCGGCCUCAUCCCCUUAUCCCUCACUCUUGCCGUCACCUUCACAACCUCCAAUCUCAGUCCAACCAACCGUGUGCCAUCAGGCCACCAAUCCACCCUCUUUGCUGAGCAGCACAGAAACUUCUUCGAUACCCAGCCCGGUUCCCGUAGACUCAGCUUCUUCUCCCUUUCCUCGCAUCAUCCCCGCGCUGCAGGUGCCUCCCUCUGACUGCCAUCAGCAUAGCCGCAGUGCAGCAAAAAAGAUGGCUCCCAUCCCCGGCGUCGGAAUCCCAGACCUCCCGCGUGGACAAGAGGCAUGGCUAGCUGCUGUAAAGCAGUGGGAGGAUCCUGCAGCAUCCAUUGGCGGCAAGGCACUGAAAGAUUGGCCGGAGGAGUGGUACACUGGCCCUAUGCGUACAAUCACUGGCGUGAAGCGGAACAUCCGCAAGGUGAUUGCUAUCGAGUUCUACCGGCUGCAGCGGGACCAUCAAGUUUUUCUGGAAGCAUACCCUGAGGCCACCCGCGGUGUCAAGCCACUUUUCGAUGCCAUCCAGCGCCAGCGUGAGGGACGCGGAGAAAUCACCGGUCGAGCAAGCAAGAACGGCCGCCCAGAAGUCCGAGCAUGCUCCUCCCGCUGA